AUGGCGGAAAUGGUCGAUCCCAAUGCCCCGCCCGCCGCCAGGGACGGCUACGACUCCGAUGGCGAUUACGACAUGGGCUACAAUGACGAUGAUUUUGACGCAUGGUUCCAAGCCGGGAACUUUGAGGGUGCCAGCAAUCAAUCAAGUAGUCCUGGUAACCAUAUCCAGCAAUGCGCGAACCUAGCGCGUCAGAUAUUAUCCAGAUCGCCGCCGCCGGCCGAGCCUGUGCCGCAUACACCAUACGAGUCCGCAGUCGACAUGGAGGAGGCACCGCCACCAUCAGCACCCAUCUACAAACCAGGAGUACCGCCCAUCCCUCCUCGGCCGUCCCCCACCUUUCGACUUCCAUCAAUCGACACCGUUUACGACGGUCUGCUAGCACCGAGCUCUCCUGCCCGGGAGCAAGCUUGCCUACCAGCGCAAGGUCCGGCACCCCCGCCGAUUGCACCUCCCGUUCCCCAUCACGAAGACGAUGUACUCGAGGUGAUCGACCCCAACGGCAACAUUAUUGUCGGGUCCGGCGGCCCGCAACGCCAGAGAUUCCUCGCCAGUACUGCCGCCAUCCUUCGUUCCUCCCCAGUUCUCGCCGCGAUUAUCAUGCCCGAGAGGCACAGCCAGGUCAAUCAACAGCCCCCGCCGCCCCCGACACCAAGUCCUCUGCGCUCACCUGCCGCCUUCGUAAUACCGCCUGAGCAGGAUAGGUCCUCCCUUCCGACUCUUUUUAUCCCAGACGUAGAGGACAGAGUGUGCAAAACGUUCCUACUCGUCAUCCACGGGUUCCUCAAUAGAGUUGAGAAGAGCUUCAAGAGUGUCCAACUUUUUUACGACCUUUUGAUGUUUACCCAUCGCUACGGAAUGACAUUGAGCCUCCAAUCGGUGGCGGUUCCCUGGCUCAAGAGAAUCUAUCACGAGAACCCCCUCCGCCAUGACGAGGUGGCAAAGCAGCUUUGGAUAGUCUACGAGUUGGGUCACCUCAAGAUGAUAAGGCAUACUAUCCGCUGUAUGGUCAAGACAGCAAGGAUCAAUAAGGAUGGUCAGCUGCUGGGAUACGGAGCCCAGGAAGGGAAGGAUGAGUACACGCAGUGGGCUCCGUUGGUGCAUUUGGGAUUGCUUAGGGACAUUACAAUCUGCCGACAGCGCGUCAUAAACCGGCUCCUCUUCGAAGUCGAGCAAGUAAUCGAACGUCUCACAUCAUCCCCUCCAGUUCUCCCUCCACGCGACCCCAGCGACGAUGAAGAAGUCCAAAACUAUAGAGCUAGAAGUCACGAUCCUAGAAAUCCCAGACAGCCUAUCGAGAUCCCGUCAGACGACACCCCUCGACAGUUAUGCGUCUCCCGCAGGCCUCCAGGGAGAGUCACCCACGCGGUAAAUUGCGACGCCAGCAUGCUCGGAGCUCUCCAACGUGUAUUGCGCCAGGAGGGAUGGGCUACGAUGGACUUGACUUGCAGUCCGAGUCAUCUAUACAGGCGGAUCAAGAAGAUUGGGAAGACGGCGACCGAACAGGUGGUGAUUACGCAUACCCUAAAGGGUCAUAGGGCGUGCGAUCCGUUUGGGGAUGAUAAGUGGAUUAGGCUGGAUGAACUGAUUAUGCGGGAGGUGAAGAUGAUUCCGUUUGACGUUGAGGAGCUCAAGAAGCGGGGAGGAAUGAUGGGGUUUUCGAUUCAAGAUUGGAAGUGA